AAUGACAAAAUACAUUGUUGUUUCGGGCGGUGUGAUCAGUGGUAUCGGAAAGGGGGUCAUCGCGAGCAGCACCGGCUUGUUGCUCAAGAUGACCGGUCUCAAGGUCACCGCAAUCAAGAUUGAUCCCUAUAUGAACAUUGACGCGGGGACCAUGAAGCCCACUGAGCACGGCGAGGUGUACGUGCUCAAUGACGGUGGGGAGGUCGACUUGGACUUGGGGAACUAUGAGCGGUACUUGGAUGUUAUCCUCUCGAGGGAAAACAACAUCACUACGGGCAAGAUAUAUAGCGAGGUUAUCCAACGCGAGCGGAGGGGUGACUAUCUGGGGAAAACCGUGCAGAUCGUACCGCACGUGACGACUGCUAUCCAGGACUGGAUAGAGCGCGUUUCCCACAUCCCGGUAGACGACACCGACCUCGCCCCAGACGUGUGCAUAGUCGAGCUCGGGGGAACGGUGGGAGACAUCGAGAGCGCCCCGUUUAUAGAAGCCAUGCGGCAGUUCCAGUUUCGGGUGGGGCACGAGAACUUUGCGUUGAUCCAUGUGUCUUUGGUACCGGAUAUGCAUGGGGAGCAGAAGACAAAGCCCACGCAGGCUACUGUGCGUGACCUACGGGGGUUGGGGCUCACACCCGAUCUGGUCGCAUGCAGGCUCAUGUCCUCCCGUCCUCUGGAAGAAGCCACAAAAGCGAAGAUAUCAAUGUUCUGCCACGUAGGGAAGGAUCAGGUCCUGGGAGUGCACGACGUCUCCUCGGUGUACCACGUGCCUAUGCUCCUGGCUGGGCAGGGCCUGGUGCCUUAUCUCCAGAAACGACUCCAGCUGGACACGAUAUCUAUCCCGAAGGAGAUGGUUCAGCGGGGACACAGUAUCAAAGAGCGCUGGACGCGUUUGACAGAGGGACAGGAAAGGCCCUACGGGCAGGUCACGAUCGUCCUCGUAGGCAAGUACACAGAUGUCACGGACUCGUAUAUGUCUGUGACCAAGUCGCUGGAGCACGCGGCGCUCAGGUGUAACAGGAAGCUCAACUUGCAGUACCUCGAGUCCUCCCAUCUCGAGCCGGCGACACUCGAUGUCGCCCCCGCACAGUAUCAUGACGCGUGGCGCACCCUCGUCAUGGCCGACGGCGUCCUCGUCCCUGGUGGGUUUGGCGACCGCGGUACGGAGGGGAUGAUCCUUGCUACCAAGUGGGCGCGCGAGCAGAAGAAGCCCUUCCUGGGCAUCUGUUACGGCUUCCAGCUCGCGGUUGUCGAGUGGGCUCGGAACGUCUGCGGUUUGCACGACGCACACCAUACGGAGAUCGACGAGCACACGCCGAACCCCGUGGUCGUGUACAUGCCCGAGAUCUCUAAGACUCAGCUGGGCGGUACGAUGCGUCUCGGCCUACGGGAAACGCUCUUCACCCCGGGGACAGAGUGGUCCAAGCUCCGCAGGCUAUACGGCAACGCCUCUGUAAUCUACGAGCGGCACCGGCACAGGUGGGAAGUGAACCCGCUGUACGUCGACCGCUUGGUCGAUUCUGGCCUCGAGUUCAUAGGCAAGGACGAGCGCGGAGAGCGGAUGCAGGCGUUCGAGCUCAAGGAUCAUCCGUAUUUCGUCGGGCUGCAGGCGCACCCGGAGUUCUGUACCAGACCGCUCAACCCUAGCCCGCCGUUCCUCGGCUUGGUCGCGGCGAGCGUGGGGCCGAAUAUGCUGGAAGAACAGAUGGUGGGCCAGAGUUGUUAUAAGAGCCCACAUCCGCACCCGCACCCGCAUACUGGGGUGGAUGGACAGGGAAAGGAGAAGGAUGGAAGGAAGGUCAAUGGAGAUGUAUAGGGCUGACUACUGGCUUCACCCGUUCUCUUGAUCGUUAACGACACCCUUGGCUUGAGAGUGUAAUUGCCUGAG